AUGCAGACAACAAGCGACCCAGGGAGCACUUUGAAUCCCAUCGAGAACACUACUGCUAACGUCGAUGACAGUCCCUCCGAAAUCCCACCACUCGAACAGACUCCGCACAUCUACGAUGCUGAAUAUUCAUCUGUACUGGUUGAUGAAUGCAUGAUCAAAGGCAUUCCUUGCAUGCGCAGGCGCGACAAUUCGUGGGUCAACGCGACUCAGAUCCUCAAGGUCGCCGGUGUGAACAAGGGGAAGCGGACGGUGGUCAUGGACCGACGAGUUCUGAAGGGGCAACACGAAAUUAUACAGGGAGGACAUGGAAAAUACCAAGGCACUUGGAUCCCGCUCGACAGAGGUCGUGAGCUUGCACGACGGUUCCACGUCGACAAACUCUUUGCUCCGCUAUUCGACUACACGCCCAAGAGUAAUCCAUUUGAUGACGACCCACUAGAAGGCCCGUCUUCGCUGACUUCGGGAGUGUCGUCGUUGUCGAUCACGGGAUCGAACAAUAACAUGGCCACUUUCAUAUCUGGCCUCUCCGAUCCAUCGAGAGUGCGAGGAGACGCAUUGCGCAUGCUCAACCAGGCUCGUUCCGAAGGCCUCUUUUCGAUGAUGACCUCCGAUUAUUUACUCACCCAAACCGCUGUCCCUCCACCACCACCACCACCGUCGCUGAAGAGGAAACGGACCGAAGACAAGGCCAAGGAACUUAAACUAGACAAAGGCAAGAAAAGGGACUCUGCGCCUGCCAAACGUCCCAAGAAGAAACCUCCGAAACCCGUUAGCACUGAAUAUAUUCAGUAUACACCAGGCGUGAAAAAGGCAGGACGGCACAUCAAAGACGCGCAACCCUUCGCAGAGUCCUCUGAUCAAUCUGACAAUAACCUGCCACGCUCGACGACGCGCACGCUGAGGUCCCAGCGCUCUAGGAAGAAACCAUUAUCUCGGUUUCCUCCACCUCCGGGCUAUGAAGAUGUGUCAUUUCGUGCAGAUAAUUCGUCCAAACACCCUUCAGAAGGCCAUUUGCUUCGCACUAGGAAAGAGCCUUUCUGUUCAGGACCUUCCCCGUCGUCUGAAGACGACACCACGGACGGGCAACCCCAAUCUGGGUGUUCAACUCCUCGUCCGUUGAUUUCGGAUGGUGGAAACGGACAGGACCAUGACAUGGAGAGCGAGGAUCUUACUCGAAUAAAUGCACCUGAUGAGAAGAGACGUAGCGGUAGCCCAUACACGCAGCAGGAUUUGGAUGAUGUAUCGCGGAAAAAUGAGCAUCGUAGACAACCAGAGGAGAGCGGGAGCGAUGAACUUGACGAGGCUGGUGAUCGGAUAUUUUGUCGUCCUGUGCAGACCUUCACUGGGCAUUCAACGAGAGCAUCGGCAGCAGCUGGAAGGUCCUUGCGAAAUCAGAAUACAGAGCAGCAAGGUUACAGUGUGCGCAUCUUGCCGCCCCCUAGGAUGAUCUUGCCACCAACGCGUGAGAUUCCUCGAAAUCCAUCUGUCUGCUUGGUAUCACCCUAG